AUGCACUACAUCGAUACCCAGCCGGCGACGAGUAACCCGCUUCAAAACCAGCAACCACCACAACAACAACAACAACACCAACAACACCACCAACAACACCACCACCAGCAGAACCCAACCUUGCAAUCCUUCUCGUCCGCCGCCGUUCACCCGCCUGCCCUGCAAAACUCCUCCCCGCACCACGAUCCCAACGUCCAGGUCGCUCUCGACGGCCGCCCGGCCUCGUCCAAACCUUCUCCAUCGCCCAAAAACUCCACCGUCGAUGCUUCCUCACCGCAGGGCCCGACCUGCCUUGUAAAUGUUCGUAACGCUUCGUCUCCAUCCGCACCACAACGCAAGCUCCACAAUUCGCCUCCGCCAAAGUCGUCACCUUUAUCGGGCUCUUCUACACGCCCUCGUGUCCCAACUGCCAGAUGUUCGCUUUGCGGCAAGAAUAUUUCCACCAAUGGCGCAAACUUUCGCAGACACGAGGACGCUUGUCGUCGACAACGCUCAGAGCGCGUCUCAUCCGCAAGACCCCCACCAUCCGCCGUUGUUACAAACCAGCACCAGAAUCAGCGUCAACAGCAACACCAGCAAAACCACCAGCAACACCAGCAGCAGCAGCAACACCAGCAGCACCAGCAGCACCAGCAGCAACAUCAGCAGCCAGUUCAAUCUGAACCAGCCCAACUCCAGAGGGGUUCACAGUCAUCUCCGGUGCCGACACAACAACAACCCACUGGUAUGUCGCGCCGGGAUUCGGACUUGCUCAACGUAGUCAGACGCCUAGAGAGCAGUAUUCACACACUCGACGUUAGCGCGAGAUUGUGUCUGAGAGAUGCCCUCGUCUCGCUUAGUAACAAGGCUUCAAAUCCGAAUGUCCCACCAACACCGGAACAGGAGGCUAUGAAUCGAGCUGCCGAGUAUCUUGUCUUGCGCAUGUUGUUCUUGUCAGGACAGCAGGUUGUCCACACUGCACCGGGAACAGUGGGCCCCACAUAUCCGCCAGACCCCCAAACUGGCUCCCCACUUGAAGGCAUGGCAUCGAGAUCAAUACAAGCAAACUGUGACAUGGGAAUGGGCCCUGGUCGACCAAAUGCUCCGAAGGAUGAUGGCACCGUCGCUGCUUCGACGGGAACGGGUGGCGCAACAGUAGGAAAGCAAGAGAAUUCCGUCGGUGGGAGUCCAUUGCGAUCGUCCUCGAAAGUGGAAGAUAAGCUCGCUGAUGGAACCUAGAGAUCUGGUGGGGGGGGGGUCUUGAUACCUCAGCGCUUUUAACUUGGAUUCAUUUUCCUCGAAAACGUGUCACUUAGCAAGCAGUAUGGUUGUGUUGAUAUUCGAAACCGAUUCACUGCGGUCUGUCCGGCCGCGUUGGUUGCCUCUAUGCGAGCCUACAGGUGUUCUGAGUUGACGACCAUUGAAUUGUUAGUGGUUGUCCGACUACGUUAUGUUGCGGAAUGCCUCUUGCCGUUAGGUCCCGCAGAUAACGACGUGCUCUCACAGGUGGCGGCUUGUGUCUCGGAAGCUCUGAAAUCCGUUGAAUAUGGCAAGUUGAGAGCAGGAAGGCGAGAAACCAAACGAUGCUUUGUGUAUGAAUUGGGAUUUACCCUGUUUUGUGCACGCAGCUAACAGAGCCAGGAUUUUAACAAGGACUUUUAACUUUGGAAUCAUGUAAAAAGGUUGUUUGAUGAGAUGCGAUGAAGGGAAGGACGUUGGGUGUGUGGAAGUGAGAUAUGACGGGAGUUGAUGUACUCUGCGAUGGGAAGCGGGGCUGCGAAUGUCUUCAUUGCUCGAACAAGGGAAGUGCAGUGAAUUGAGUUGUGUGCAGUUGGGCGAGUGAUUUUUCGCGUCCGUGUACAUGAUCUCAGCCUGGCGGCCGCACGGGUGCCUUGUGAGGAUUUAGAAAGACCCUCCUCACGAUCCCCGCGUAAUAGUUUGUAUGGAUAAAAUAAAGUUAUCACAU